AUGUUUACAGGAAAAAGACCAACUGAUGACAUGUUUCAGGGAAGUUCAAACCUUCAAAACUUUGUCAAGGAAGCUCUGCCUACUAAGCAAGUGGUGCAGAUUGUGGAUCCCAUUCUUGUUCAAGAAAAAUUGGAAGGGGAGAUGAGCGCGAACAAUCAUCUUGUGGAGGAUAGCAGAAGGAUUCACAUCAAAAUUGAAGAAAGCCUUACUUCAAUUUUGGUGUUGCUUGUUCUGCGACAGUUGGACAUUAGUGCUGCUAUGGCUGGAAUGUGCCGGAUAAGAAAGAUGCUUCAAGAAAGUAGAAUAUUUGAAUAA